AUGGAUAUAACAAUUCUCAUAGCAGUUGCUGCUAUAAUAUUUGUAGUAAUAUUAUGCAUAUCAUUUUUUCUUAAAUCAAAAGAUUCUUCCAAAGCUGUUGAAAACAGACCAAGACCUGUCCCAGGUAGAGUUCGUGAAGGGGCACCUAGAAGAGCACAACUAGCCAGAAAUAGAGGAGCUAGAUUAAGAGCAAAUGCGGCCCACCAGAAUGAUCAAGAUUCAGAUGAAGGAAACAAUGAAGCAGAAAAUGAAGACAUAGAACUGCCAGAUGAAAAACUUGGUGCAAAAAAACGGGCAAAACUUGAAGCCAAAGCUGAGAAGAAAGCUGCAAGAGAAGCUGAAGAAAAAAUAAGAGCUGACAGAAAGAAACAAGCUGAAAAGGCUGAAGAAGAACGUCGAAAAGAGGAAGAAAAAGAGAAAGCUGAAGAAAAACGGUUGGAGGAAGAAGAACGUAAAGCGAAAGAGGAAAAAGAAAGGCAAGAAUAUGAGGAAUACAUAAAAAUGAAAGAAGAAUUUUCUGUUGAAGAGGAAGGUUUUGAGGAAGGUGAAGAGGGAGAUGAACAAAACUUAUUACAAGAAUUUGUGAACUACAUAAAAAAUAACAAGGUGGUGGUUCUUGAAGACUUGGCUGCUCAUUUUAAGUUAAAAACACAAGCUGCUAUUGAUAGAAUCAAGGAUUUGCAGAGUGAUAACAUUUUAACUGGAGUUAUAGAUGAUAGAGGGAAAUUUAUUUAUGUUUCUCAAAAAGAAAUGGAAGAUGUAGCCAAGUUUAUUAGACAAAGAGGUCGCGUUUCCAUUGCAGAAUUAGCGGAAAAUAGCAAUAAACUAAUCAAUUUAACUCCUGUUACUACUGUAAAUUAA